GAGGGAAGCAUUGUUGAGACAGAAACAAAGGUUAGCCACAGCUCAGAAGAGCAGUUGGAUGAGAGGCACAGAUAAGCUGAGGAACAAAGUUUUGCCCCUCCGCAAUGUGGACAGCUUUCAUCUAAAGGACAGCAGCAGAGCUUUGCAACUCAAUCCAGAGACCCUGACCCACCAAAGGCUGCAACAGACGUUACUGGGGACUGAGAUCAGCACCAGCAGAAAGGAGUGUGAAGCACUUGAGGCAGAGGUGAAGAAAAAGAAUCAAACAUGUCAGACUUUGGAGAAUGAACUUCAAGAUUUCCUUCAGGAAAACAACCACUUGAAUCUCCAGUGGUUCAACAGCAGCCGCAAAGCAACCGAGUAUGAAAAGGUGAAGGCAGAGUAUGCGCAGCUCAAAGAAACUCUUGGUGCUGUGACCCAGGAAAGAGAUUUAGCCGUGUGGGAGAGGAACCAGCUCCAAGGCAAACUGGAGAACCUAGAGCAGGUGCUGAAGCAUAUGCGCGAGGCUGCAGAGCGAAGGCAGCAGCUAGAGUUGGAGCAUGAGCAGGCGCUGGCCGUUCUCAAUGCAAAGCAGCAGGAGAUUGACCUUCUUCAGAAGGCUCAGGUUGAGGCUAAAAAGGAACAUGAAGGCGCUGUCCAUCUAUUAGAGAACCACUUGGACAGCAUGCAGGCCAAAGUCAGAGAGCUGGAAGAGAAAUGUCGGUCUCAGAGUGAGCAGUUCAACCUCCUGUCAAAAGAGCUGGAGAAGUUCCGGCUCCAGGCCGGGAAGUUUGAUAUCCUCAGCACUGAACCCUUAACUGUGUGCGAGUCUCCUGGCUCUCCGAACAAAUCUUUGUCACAGCUCCUUAAUGGAUUGGCUGCUCCCAUAGGGAAAGGCAAUGAGGCCCCAACAAGUAGGUCUUUGAUAUCUGAAUUCAUUCGACCACUCCAGAUCAGUGGAGACAAGCCUGAGCUCGUCUCUGUUAAGCCAACGUUCCUCAGUCGCAGUCGAGCCAGCACUCAGGCACAGGCUUUCCUUUCUGAGAUGGACAAAGAACUUAGCUCAACUACCAGGACCAAACCACGCUUCACAGGGAAGGUUCGACUGUGUGUUGCUCGAUAUAGUUACAAUCCAUAUGACGGGCCUAAUGAGCAUCCAGAGGCAGAGCUCCCCCUGGUGGCAGGGAAGUACCUCUACGUUUAUGGAACAAUGGAUGAGGAUGGCUUUUACGAAGGAGAGCUGCUGGAUGGACAGCGGGGACUUGUCCCAUCUAACUUUGUGGAUUUUAUCCAAGAUGAGGGGACGGCCUCUGUCCAACACAGAGACACAGUGGCUAAAGAGCCUGGCUACCUCAACCACAGUAGCCUGGGCCAUCAGCGACCUGCGGUCAGCACAGGAACUGGAACGGGCAUAAGCAGCCUGCUGUCGCUCAGUAAACUAGACUGUCUACGCACCAGCAGCUUAGGCUUGGACCUCCUGGGUUCCUCCAGCAAUGGGACAGGAACCUUGGAUGUCAAUAUUGAUGAAGUUGGUGAAAACAUUGUGCCUUAUCCCCGCCGCAUCAACCUGAUUAAACAACUGGCCAAGAGUGUGAUUAUCGGCUGGGAUCCUCCAGUGGUCCCACCGGGCUGGGGCUCCAUCAGUGGCUACAAUGUAUUGGUGGAUAAGGAGGUUCGCAUGAGCGUCCCCUACGGGGGCAGGACGAAGUCUCUUAUAGAAAAGCUCAAUUUGGUCACUAACACAUACCGCAUCUCAGUGCAGAGCAUAACCGACCGGGGCCCAUCAGACGAACUCCGAUGCACUCUUCUUGUGGGAAAAGAUGUGGUAGUGGCACCUUACUACCUGCGGGUGGACAGCAUCACACAGAGCUCUGCUGAGCUCUCUUGGAUGCCCAGCAACAGCAAUUACAGUCACACUAUCUUUCUCAAUGGUGCAGAGUAUGACAUGGUCAAGGCUGGGGGCUAUAAGUACAAGUUUUUUAACUUGAAGCCAAUGACAGUUUACAAGGUAAAGGUUGUUGCACAGCCACAUCAGGUGCCUUGGCAACUUCCAAUGGAUCAAAGGGAGAAGAAGGAAAUCUCUGUGGAGUUUUGCACUCAGCCAGCAGACACUGACACAGCUCCACAUUGCUGCAUAGAGAUACUGCUAAGUGGAUCUGGUCACUACAUGACUCCAGUGUCUGUCAUGUGCUCCUCAGGGCCACCUCUUCCCCCCCAGGAGGUGCAGGUCCAGUGUGGCCAGACUCCGGGGCUCUUACAGGUCAGAUGGAAACCACCACCCCUGACACCUUCAGGGACAUCCAAUGGGGCCAGUGUAAUUGGCUACGCUGUGUGCACAAAGGGGCAAAAGAUAGCAGAGGUCUUAUAUCCCACAGCAGACUUUGUGGCCGUGGACUUGAGCAGGAUUCAGGGUCUGGAAGCCAGGGAAGUCAUUGUGAGGACAUUAUCAACCCAAGGAGAGUCUCAGGAUUCACCUGUGGCUAUCAUCCCACACAACCUCUUGGGCUCCCCGCGCCUUUCCCACAGAGCCACAGCACCUCCCACUUCUAUGCCGCACCCAGUGCCACAGCCCCACCCAGUGCACUCCCAAACGCAUCCUCCUUACCCGUCAACAUAUCCCCCGAAUCACCCUCAGCCCCACGUGCAGCCUCUGCCAGGAGUCCAGCCCCACACUCUACCCCACUCACAACCACACUCACAGCCCACCCGCCACCCUCCUCUUCAACCUCAGCCUCAUUUUCACCGCCACUCCAUUCCCAAGUCAAAAGCAUCAAUAAGUGCCAGAGAGCCAGAAACCAAAGAGCAUGAAGUCAGCCGUCGGUCAGCACAGCCCUGGGAGCGCUCCCCGUCUCCACUGCCUCCCAUGCACGGACCCAACCUGGAGCCGCCGCACUUCCCAUCACGGCGAUCCCCCUCUCCUCAGAGGAUCCUGCCACAGCCUCAGGGAGUCCCCAUCCCCAACACCAUCGCCAAGGCCAUGGCCAGGGAAGCCGCCCAGAGAGCAUUUGCUGAGGGAAACCGGGUUGAGAAAAGGAAUAUCUUUAGUGAUCGAGUUAAUGCCUUGCAUCCAGUAAACUCUGAUGAGGAGGAGGAUGGUUAUGACUCUCCUCACGCAAGAAGGAGAGGAGCCUCAGUGGAUGAAUUUCUUAGAGGCUCAGAGUUGGGCAGACAGUAUCAUUAUCACCACUACAGCCACAGUGAGGAUUACCAUACAGAGAGCAGCCGGGGCUCUGACCUGUCUGACAUAUUGGAGGAGGAUGAGGAGGAUCUUUACUCUGAGAUGCAGUUGGAGGAGGGCCGUAGGCGCAGUAUCAACUCUCACAACACUCUAAAGGCAUAUUACAAGCGUCAGGACUUAGCUGAUGAACGAGACUGUUGGGAUCUCCAGAGGGAGGUGGUAAAGCAGAAGUCCCUCCGUAGUAAGCGUCUCCACAGCAUCCCGGAGGUGGCUGAGGAAGAGUCGGACAGCAUAGACAGCAUGGGUCAGCGCCUGUGCUUUGAAGGCGAUGUGCAGCCAGGGACGCCACACAGUCGGCGGAGGAUCUACCCCCGGGACACUCGCAUGCAGGACCAUCCCAGCCACAAGAGUUGUCGUCUGCAGCGCCAGCGGUCCUCUCCUCGUUUCACCGACAGUCGCUUUGGUUACUACGCUGAGGAGCGCAACUUUGGACGGCCCAGUCGGCAGAACACCAAGAGUCCUGACAGCGGUUUAGACUGCGGCAGUGAGGAAGAGGGCUCCCUAGGACGGGGUCAUCGAGGGUACUAUGCCCACGGGAGCCCCAUGCAAGUGCCUGUGCGAGUCAUCCACUGUGAGGGGCCAGUGGAAAGGCGUGCGCUGGCUAUGGGCCGUAAGCGAACUCUGACCCGCCAGUGCAGCAUGGAGCAGGAUUUCUCUGACAUCCCGGCGACUGUAGCCAAGCCCGUGCACACGGGUGACUUCAGGAACAGGGAGCACUUUGGGCGUGGACGGGAGGUUGGGCCACGAAACUACUCCAGGGAAGGGGCCCUGAGCGAGGGCAGGAUUAACGAGCUGGACAGGGUCUAUUACAGCCCCCACAGGGAGACUAGGGCCCAGUCAUUGUCCAGGCUCAACAGGGACCAGCCACUGAUCAUUGGGAAAUCGUCAUCACGUGGAAGCCCGGAUCAUCUGGACCACUCCGGGAGGAGGCCGGUUCACAUCGGCACCCCUCCUCAGCGACGACCCAUCCCAUCCAUUGAGAUCACCAUGGACAGUAACAGUGAGGGGAGUGAGGGGAACCUCUCACCCGUCAAGGAGGAUGUUUACUAUGGCAGUGUAGCUCGACGCAGGAUAUGGCGAUCUUUGUCCUCAGAGGAUCAAUAUGACGGCUAUGGCGGGCGCAGACACGGGCGGGGACGGCGAUCACCUGAUUAUUUUGAGGAAUCUGAGCCAGAGGACCUGACCCGUGUGUUUGUGGCUUUGUUCGACUACGACCCCCUGUCUAUGUCCCCCAACCCGGAUGCUGCAGAUGAGGAGCUGCCAUUCAAGGAAGGCCAGAUCAUUAAGGUGUUUGGGAAUAAAGACAUAGAUGGAUUCUACCGGGCAGAGAUCCGAGACAGAGUGGGAUUGAUCCCCUGUAACAUGGUCUCUGAGAUCCAAACAGAGGAUGAUGACAUGGCUGAGCAGCUCCUCAAGCAGGGCUUCCUCCCACUCAAUACUCCUGUGGAGAAGUUGGUGAACUCCGACCGUUUCAAAGACGGACGCUCAGUAAAUCGCAGGUCCAGAAAGUCCAAGAGAGAAAGAAAUAGGCGGAGCGGGCGUCAACAUCCGAUGUCAACUCGGAGAAUGGUGGCUCUGUAUGACUACGACCCCCGAGAGAGCUCCCCAAACGUUGAUGUGGAGUGUGAAGGCCACAGACUGAAUGAGGAGGCUGAACUCACUUUCUGUGCCGGUGAUGUUAUCACUGUUUUUGGUGAAAUAGAUGAAGAUGGAUUUUAUUAUGGUGAACUCAAUGGACACAAGGGACUUGUUCCUUCCAACUUUCUAGAAGAAGUGCCUGAUGAUGUAGAGGUUUUUCUCACUGAUUCACCAUCUCGAUAUCCCCAGGAUGCGCCAGCACGGAUAAAGACCAAAAGGGUUCCAUUGGGAAAAUCGGGUCCUCCCAGAAGAGCAGCCUCUCCCUCAGUGCGUCCGCACAUCCCUGGCUCUGGCCCCGCCACCGUGGGGCCCGGCAGUCCCAUCAGGGCACCAAUGGACAUGUACUCCUACAAAAAGAGAAAGGGACUGCUCUCCAAAAGGGAAGAAACUAAGACUUGACACUGUAAAAUAAUAUUUUUAUUUAUAUAAAAGGUGUUAAAAAAAAAAGAAAGUAUAUAUGUGUGAUACAGUGCAAAAGUGGCAUUUGUGAGCUUGGCAAAUGCUUUGUUCUCUUACAUCUGGUGUAUAUUAGAAUAUUUGUAUUUUAUUACCAUAUCAAUUUCAUAUUUUCAAUAACAUUUCAUAUUUGGUCCAACAACCUCAUAGUGUAUGAUGAUAGUGUUGAGUAACUUACCUCCGGGUCUCUGGCUGAUGAAACUGCAGCAGGGAAAGGCAGGGCCUGAGCAUUCUUCAGUUCGCACUUGGUCAAGUCUUGCAUUUAAUAAACAAGUCUGGCCAGUGUCACUGUAGAAACUGGAGAGUCACUCACAUACAGAGGGCUCGGUUGAAUCUUUGAGCCAAUGUAAUGGAAGACUGAGUGUUAUGAGCUUGUUCAAAACAAACGCAUAAACUGAAUGAGGUUUGCAUGCUUUACUUCAGCACAUUCCCUCGUAACCCCUCGAGAGCGCAUGCAAACAUAUCAGGCUAGUUGUGGAACUUGGAACAUGCGGUAUACUGACAAAUCAGCAGAAUUACGUUUUUCUGUGCCCUAUUUCAACACCUGUGAGUCAUGGGCUGCUCCCGGUCAUUGUGGGCACUUACAAAUCAAGCACAUUCUGUAUCUACUACAGGGUCUCUGCAGAAAAUCAGUCUGAAUGGAAAUGCCUGGUAGAUCAAACCUCAGUGUAUUUGCCUUAUAAUCGCACAAUGGUUACAUCUUUGUCCUGCAGUGUGCCGUGUCAUGCCAACCAUUAUUUAUGAUGUUGCGUCAUAGUAACUGUUUGCAGACAUUAAUCUACACUUGUUAUAUGCAAGCUGACCUGUUGUCCAUCAUCCACUGUGAAGCCCAAUAAAGACAUUUUAACCUUCUACUGUAAGCAUAACUAUACAGAUGGCAGAUACUGAUACAAGGUCAAAAAUACUACUUUUAUGCCAAAUUGAGGCUGUAAGCAUAUAAAAAAAGGUAAGACUUGACUAUUUGAUAUCCCACUGAUGCUAAUCUGUUUUAAAAUAUAACGAGAGGAAAUGGACUAAUGACAAUUACCAUGCGAUAUAACAUCAGCAAAUUGAGUCCUGUUCUCAUGCUGCAUCUGAUUUAUAGCAUGCAACAUUAGUGUCACUAGGACUGUAGGGAUAAGAUUAUAUACCACAGUAGUUGAGACACAAGGCUACCUCUAUGCUCCCCUCAGUUUCCUUCAAACCCAAAUUAGAUAUAAAAUAUUUGUCCAGGCUGUUGCUGAUGCCCAUUUAUUGUCCCUAAUUAUGCUGGUGCAGGAUACAAGUACUGUAUGUCAAUAUAUUUAUAUAGCUACACCUUAGAGUAGUGAAUGUACAAUGAAUUGAAAGCCAAUGUAUUUUCAGAGCCGUCUGAAAGGAUUGUGUAAACGUCUGACCAUGCGAGUGAAAUGAAACCGGCCCACCUUCCUGUCUCCAUGCAAUACUUGUUUUCCCAUUCAAUCCUAUGACAUUUUAAAGUCUUGUCUGUUUUUCUAUACUCAAGAGUUAAACUGAAACUGCCAAAAAAGAAUGUAUGCAAAACAUUCUUGUACUUUCUGUACAAUUCUCGGCCAAGCAGCCAUGAUAACCGACGUACAUCUUCUCCUGUCUGCAGACAUUACUUCUGUUCAUUUUGAGUGACUGCAGCUCUUUUUGUACUUUGUCCAUUUGUAAAAUUGUUUUUAAAUGUUUAUACUUGAUUUUCAAACUGCCUUUUUUGUACAUUUAACUUUAUAAAUCGAACAGUGCAAGCUUUCCCCAUGGUGUCUUUAAGACCAUAUUGUUAAAUCUGCAAUUGUGUGCUAGCUUUAUAAGAAUUAUCAGCCUAUAUUGAUGGUUACAAAUUAUUGUGUGGGUGUGCAUGUGCAAUCUUUUAUAUA